UUUUGGUUGUCUUAUGGCCAGAAGCUGUUUCCCAGAUUUGAUCAUAACCAAGCCAGGUGAGAACAGUGACACCAGCUCAUAUCACCUUAUUCGAUUUGUAUGAGUAACAGUGAGCGACCAGAGUAAACAGCGGUGCUGCUCGACUAAAAACAUUCUGGGAAGUGUGCGUUUGUGUGAUUGUCCAACCGUCUGUCCGUGCACACGCUUGCCCUUAAUAAAGCCUCACAAUCAAGUAAAAAACAGAUAGGCCCUUCCUCACCCUUCUUCAUUAAAGACAGAGUCUCUAGCUGUCAAGAGUAAACAGUGCAGUUGCCCAGGAUACCUCUUCCUUCAGGGCAUUAGCAGGAGAAGUUAAUUGAGUUGAAAUGGUCAUCUUACCACCCACGCUGACCUCAGUGCGGUCGCUAUGAUACUGAGGAAAAAGACUCCCGAUAACCGCGGGGUGCUUUAUAAAUGUGCCAUCCAUGCGACACCUUUACACAGACGGACAAAUAACAUCAAUACGCUUGACGCGGUGAAACACAGUCCACCGAAUAUCAGUAUGUAAAGAACACAGUGUUAUACAAACCUGAGUAGGAGUAACCGAGUGGACUUAAAUACCACCUUAAAGACACUGGUUCCCUUCAGUAAAACACUCGUUACAGUUUAUGAGAGAAAAGAGGAAGUACCAGAGAAAGACUUAGUGGUCUGACGGUGCUUUCAGUUCCUUUUCCCGGUCCACUCACGGAUCAAAUCUACUGCAACCUCAGCUCAUGUCGUGUGAGGAAAUUAAAACAAGGCGAUAACUACUGAUAAUGCUCUCAUGAUUGGACUGCUUUUUUUGGUAAUCUUUUUUGGACAUUUUUGUCCCUAAAAAAAGAGAAAUUCCAUCGGACCUCGCCCAACGAUGGGGCCUCUGAUCGCUGCCCUCUGGGCGGCAGCCGCGUUGAUGGGACUCCAGCCGGGUGUCUCGUCCCUUCAGAUCGUCGUAGACCGCUCGUCCAAAAACCUCUCCUCGGUCCCCGGGGACCUGCCACCGACGACCCAGACUUUGGACCUUUCACGCAACCACAUACAGCAACUUCGCUGGGGGGACUUCAAAAACACCUCCCUCCUGAGGCGCCUCAACGUGUCGUGGAACGGUCUGGGGGACAUCGAUCCAGCGACGUUCCUCGACACGCCACUUCUGGAGGAUCUGGACCUGUCACACAACAGGCUGAGGAACCUGUCGGGUCAGCGGUUCCUGCUCCACACAGAUAACCUCCGGGUGUUGAAUUUAGCCUUCAACCACUUUGACGCGAUGACGCUCGGCAGUGAGUUCAGAUCCCUGCCGAAACUGGAGAGAUUAGCCAUCGGAGCACAAAACAUCAGUAACGGUGAUUUUAUGAAUAUCGCUGAAGCUAAGCUGCGCACACUGACCCUUUUCCUGGAGAAUCAACAGGUUUAUACAGUAGGUAGUCUGCAGAAUGUGCAAACUCAAAGGCUUCAGAUUGCCUUCAAUGGCUAUCAGAUAAUGAACAACGACCUGGUGUCUGAUGCACUGCUGCAGUUUGUUGCAGUGGAGUUGAUGGAUCUGACUGUCGGUUACAAAGAUCUGAGUACGGUGUUGAGUGAGAGAGUAGAACUCCUCACAUCUGAUCUUUAUCUCACCAACAUGUCGAUCGACUGGGAUGACUUGACUCACUUGGUGGCUGUGGUUCUGCGCACAUCGGUCCGACACCUGACGGCCACCAACGUGGUCCUGCACAGGUUGCCUAUGAACGACACUGAAGUGGCCCAGACAUCUAAAUUGAAGUCCUUCACAGCCAGAAGGUCGGCGGUAGCAUCCUUCUUUUUUUCACAGGAAGCGGUUUAUAACUUUUUUAUAAACAUGCCGGUGGAGCGUUUAGCGUUCCUGGAGACUUCGAUCAUCCACAUGACAUGUCCAAAGUUGCAUAGUCCUAUUCUCCAGCUGGACUUCUCCAACUGUGCCUUAUCGGACUCCAUCUUCUCCAGAGUGGAAGGUCAAGAAGUUCUCGAAUGUGAGAAUCUGGAUAAUGUGAGGAAAUUGAUCCUGGUGGGCAACAAUUUAAGGAGCCUCCACAUCCUCAGCAAACGGGUGCAAUUCAUGAAGUCCUUGCAACACCUGGACCUCAGCCUCAACUCCCUGGUGUACGACGGGCUCGGAAAAUGUGUCUGGCCACUAAGCCUCAUCAAUAUGAGUCUGUCUUCCAAUGACCUGACAGCGUCGGUUUUUAAAUGUCUACCAAGAGGAACAGAGACACUCAACCUCCAGAACAACCAAGUUUCUGUGAUACCGUCGUCCAUCUUGACACUGGAAAAGCUUUCCUCUCUGAAUCUGAACAACAACAGGCUGCGGGACCUCCCAGUAUGUCACGGUUUCCCCGUUCUGACGGAGCUUCUGCUCCAGUCCAAUUCCCUCCACGCACCAUCUGUGAAGAAGCUGGAAAGCUGCCCCCAUCUGAAAACCCUGGAUGUCAGCUUCAACCCCUUCACCUGCACCUGCGCUCUGAGGAGUUUCAUAAGGCUCGCCGAUAAGUCCGAAAAGAAGAAAGGACCAAGAGGCAUCGAAUUGCUGAGCUGGCCAUUGCGCCAUUUCUGCACCUACCCGGAGGCCGUUAGAGACGUCCCCUUGAAAAACAUCUACAUCCCAGAGGUCUACUGUAACGCCGGCCUCCUAGCUGCCGCUAUCCUGUGCCCAGCCGUGGCAGCGAUAGUCGCAGUUGUGACCCUGUGCCAUCGCUUGGAUGUCCCCUGGUACAUGAGCAUGAUCUGGCAGUGGACCAGGGCCAAACACCGCGCCAGAAUGUCUCAGGUUCGACCAGAGGAUCUGGCGGGUGUCGCGUUUCACGCUUUCGUGUCGUACAGCCAGCAUGACGCAGACUGGGUGGAGAACUCCCUCCUCCCAAACCUGGAAGGCGCCGCCGGAGGGCUCCGAAUCUGCCACCACGAGAAGAACUUUGUGGCGGGAAAGACGAUCGUGGAGAACAUCAUCGCCUGCGUGGAGAAGAGCCGACGCUCCGUGUUCGUGCUCUCCGCGCACUUUGUCAAAAGCGAGUGGUGCCAUUACGAGCUGUACUUUGCCAGCCACCAGCGCCUUGCUUGGGGCACGGACAGCGUUGUGCUGGUGCUGCUCGAGCCUCUGCCUCAAUACCUGAUCCCAUCCAAGUACUACCAGCUGAAGUCCAUGAUGGGCCGGCACACGUACUUGGAGUGGCCCCAGGACAGGGCCAAACACAGGCUGUUCUGGGCUAAUCUCAGGGCUGCACUACAAGCAGAAUUGCCCAAUGCACCAGUGUCAGAACUAGAGUGAGCCGAAAAGAAACUGCGAAGAGGAU